GGACGUAUUUCCGGCGGAAGUCCCGCCCCGACUCCAAUCAGGUCAGACCUUCUGUCUGUAUUGGCGAUCGGAGAUAAACAGAAGUGUACCGUCUUUAAAUUUUCAGUUUGCGCUGUAGAUUGUGUUAUCAGUAAGUACAAAGAAUAUGUCAGACACGGAAACAAAACCCUCAAGCCAAGAUUCUGCAGACAAGAAGGAUGGGGAGUACAUAAAGCUGAAGGUGAUUGGACAGGAUAACAGUGAAAUUCAUUUUAAAGUCAAAAUGACGACGCAUCUAAAGAAAUUAAAGGAGUCCUACAGCCAGAGACAGGGUGUGCAUAUGAGUUCCCUAAGGUUUCUCUUUGAAGGACAGAGAAUCUCAGACAACCACACUCCAAAAGAGCUGGGAAUGGAAGAUGAGGAUGUCAUCGAAGUGUAUCAGGAACAGACUGGUGGACUUUGGAUCAUUUAGACUUUCUAUAUCUCAUCUUUUUAAUUAUUUUUAAUUAUGAUGUUGUUUUUUGUUAGCCUUAAUAGAAGGCUUUAAGAAACAUCUUCACAGAGGGCUUUUGUGAGCCAAAAUUAGGACAGGUAUGGAGGUUGUGGAGGAUUGAGUAGUGGCUGGGGUCGCCCUGCCCUACCCCCUGCCCCCCAAGCCUCAACACCUUCUCACCCUCAGUGUUUGACUGCUGAUAAUGGGCACUAAAUGGGUGACAAUGCAAUAUGGCCUGUUGAUCUUGGCCAUCAGAAUUGGCUUAAGGCUCCAUUCUUCACUCUGCCAUUUUUGGAGGGAUCUGCUUUCCACAGUAAGUACAAAUAAUGGAGAUAUGUUCCUUCCAUCUAAUACCAGAAAGGUGAAAUAUGGUUGAAAUUUUAUUUCUUCAGGAGAUUAUUAGAAGCCACCACCUUGUCCCAAGGCUCUGAAGCUUACCAAUCAAGUCAAUAGACAUACUUAUCUUAAAAAAGAAAAACAUAGCAUUUCCAUUUUCUUAUGGAAAGUCAUGCUUGUCUGUGUAAUCGAAAGUAUAUCUGUAGAUGUCAAAGCCCUCUUCAUAGGACAAUAAAGGUUUUAAUAAAUUUGAUUUUGGAAUAUGUGAUGGGAAUAGCAGUGAUGGGUUGGUGCCCCACCUUUGGUUGUUCCCUGUCUUGUGUAGCCUCCGGGAUUGGCUCUGGACCCCCCGGACCCUGAAUCGAACAAGCGAUUUCAGAAAAUGGAUGGAUAGAUGAUAAAAAUAUGAAUUUUUGAAGCAAAACCAGUAUUUCCAACCAGUAUGUUUUAUUAACCUGUUUAUUUUGACAGUACUCCACCUGGCACAUUUUAAAUAGUGCAGCAGAUGGUUUAGUGAGUACACAGCUGAAGAGUGCGUGGUGGAACACCCCUAAAAAUAAAGAAAUAUCAGUUGUAUGAAAAGAUUAUUUCCCCGGCAAAAGGAUCUGGCAAGCAUUUGUUUGUGGUGUUAAUUAUACAGGAAAGUCUGUCUUGUUACCAUGUUCUUCCUUGCAUCUCCUUCUUUAGGGCUUCAUCCAUCUCAUUCUUCUGCUUCUUUCACAUAAGACCAGAAGUCAGGAAAGAGAAUUUCUCUGUUGUUAAACCAUGAACAUGCUAUGAUAUACUGGAGAUUUGCAGACUGAAGCAUGAUAUUCUUCAGUUUUUAUUUCUAUGAGAAUUUCUGGAUUGUUUUCACCUCUUGAUGAUGUUUCUUUAUGUUUAUUUUUUAAAUAAAAAGUUCUGAAACUCA